AUGAACGACGGUCGAUACAAAUAUAAUGCUGCUGGAACACUCAUCGUCAAUAAUUUUUUCUUCCUGUCGUCAGGCUAUGGUUCGAAUGACGCUGGUAAAAUAAGUUUUGACCAUCACAAAGCGAUGUUUGGAAUAUUGGCAAUGAUAAGAACAGUGGCGCAGUUAUACGACAAAGCCUCAUUCAACACUUUCACAAAAUUGAAGAUCCAUUUUCUGCAUGCCCAUGGCAAUUCAAUCAGGCAUUGGUCAAUGUCAACUCAAGCACCCAGCCUAUAUAUCAUGACCAAAGAGCAGAAAGUGAUUGUUCCUGUCAGUUUUUUUGAAAAAGAUAUUACAAUUCUGCCGUUUAUCUGCUUCUUCAAAACACUUGCUAAUCAAAGGACCAAAAGACCUCAAAAACUUUCCAAUAUUAUAAAUCCAAUGAUAAUUCGUUUAAAUGAAGGAAAGCAUGCAAGUAUUGUAGCAGAGCAUGGUCCCAUGAGCGUACCCAGCAGCCCAAUUCACAUUUAA